AUGACAUCCGGUUCUAGUCUCACAGAGACCUCCGCAGCAGAGGCAACUGAGACAGCAAACACCGAUGCCGAGAGGCUUCCGGCGUCGAGAACCCCAUCCGUCACCGUAGUCCAGCAGAUUCCUACACCGUCUACGACAGCACCGUCAGAGACAGACACCCCAGCGGCCGCAAACUCGGAAAAGACCACAUCGGGGGGCGUCAUAGCAGGUACCACUGUUGCAGCCGUCGCCUCCGUGGCAGGUUUGACUUGCCUGCUCUGGCUCAAACGACGCUCCAUCUCCGAAAAGGUCGGCUCCGCCAAGUUCCCCCGCCCGUGGCAGCAACUCGGCCAGAACAACUCAGACCAGGACGUGGCACUGCCGCGAUACAACUCUCCACCGCCGGCGUACGCCGUACAGCAACGUCCGCCUACCAAGCAGUACACGUUCAAGCACUACAGCCCAGAGUCAAUAGGCGCGGACCAGCCCAUUGAGCUGCCUGCCACGCCGGUUUCUUUCAGCAUGUGGAACCCUCGCAGUCCUCGCAGUCCCAGGCGGCCACGGUCUCACUUCGAACCGUAUCGGCGUCCUGAGUAA